AGCUUCUCAAUGUGCGUGUGUGGGGCGUAGGGUACAUUGGACUGUUAUCUAAACUAAGAGGACAACACAGCUACAAGGAGAUACCGACAGAGAGGAGACAGCAGCCCAGAUGAGAGACACAACACACAGACUGAAGAAAUAUCUUUUUUUUAUUUGAUAUCCAGCAAAUUAAAUAUGUCUGACUAGAUAGUACAAAAUAGGCUUAGCAAAGCACACACUUGCUUAGAACUUUUUGCAUUUACAUCUGGGCAGCAUACACACACUUGCAUAGAUUAUUAUUUCACAUUCUGACAUAUUGGAUAUAAUACAGGAUCAGUGCCCCAGUGUAAUGGAUGCAGAUGGAAAACCAAUCCCUCUGCGCUGUGUGCUAAUGACUAUCAGUAUGGGUGUGUUACUGGUUCUUCUCUGCGCUGGACCUGCCUGCACCCAUAAAAACCGGGGAUCAAAGUUUCAGGAAAUUUCAGUCACGCUCCAGCCAUCACUAGGGCCCCCGGAGCUUACACCUCCACAGGAGAGAGACUUUACAUCAGAGCUGACAGACAAGAAGAGGCCCCCAUGGCAGUCUAGAUAUUCCUGGCUGAUGUUUUCUGACCAUGAUGCAAAAACCAGGAGGAAAGGAGGAGAGGAAUCAAAAAGACAUCAUCACGCGGGUCCAAUUGGUGCUCCAGCACCUCCAAGACAUCAGAGUCACACUGUCAACCAUGUGUUACGGGAGAAGAAGCUGUCACAAUUUCUUCAGCUGUUGAGUGAUGCCCUGCUGAGGCAGAAAGAUGGCAAAAGCACUUCAAGUUACAAGCGUACCCCGACUAUUCCACUGCCAAAGGUGCACAUUGCAUUUACAUGCAAAACCCUUAACGACAUUCAUGUGGAACCAGGAGAACUGAGAGAGAUGCAGCUCUAUAAAAUGAAAGUAAAUGAAGAGAAGUCAAAAUUUGGUGUGACCAGCCUUCAAAACUACAGUCGCUUCACCACAUCAGAGUCCCACCUAGAAGGCUCGUUUUACAGAGGAGAUGGCCUGAACCUCACCAGUGGUCGAUAUACUGCUCCUUACACUGGCCUCUAUAUCUUCUUUGCCAGGCUACACAUUGAUUUUCAGAAAUACACCAACGAACGCCUUCAAGGAUUUCUGCGGAUACAGCUCUGUAUCCUUUCCCUGUGUCAGGACAACCUGUCCCUGGAACAUAUCCUCAGCUAUACAGCCAAUGAGGUCACAGCCACAAUAACUUUGAAUGGAGUCUUACAGAUACAGGCAGGACAGUAUGUGUCACUUUUCCUUGAGAAUAAGAUGGACUCUUGGAUCACACUCCUAAAUGGCUCAGAUUUCAGUGGAGUUCUCCUUGGACAAUAAUCUACAGAAAGAUCCCAGGAACUGGAGAUCACACUGCAAUGGCAGUAGCGGCACUUUUGUUGGAUACAGGCGAAGCAGAGAAUUUGCCUUUUCCUUACGAUAAGACAGAUAUAUUUUCUUAAACUACAGUUACUGGGCAUAGAUCUAUUAAUGGUAUCACCAGCCGGAAACUGCCUGCCCUAUUCUGUCUAUAAUAAAUAAAUUACUUACAAGUGUGCCUUUAAGCAGAAUACACAAUGUACGCUUGGCAACCUGUUAAGGAAUAUCAUAAAUCCAUUAUUAAAUCACAAGUUUGACUGCAAAGGGUGUGCAAAAUGAAUAUCUAGAUGUACAAGAAACUUAAAACUAGUAAGAGCAAAAUUACUUUUCCUUAAUAAAUAUAUGGUGCUGAUCUAGGAUAAAGUGGACACUUUA